AUGGAGAAGGUGGUGGAGAGCUGUCCCCCCCAGUGGGUGCUGGUGUCAACAGCAACAGCUGGCACUUCAGAUACGGCGCUGGACAGGGCUACAUGCCCCCUCAGCCUCUGAAACCUGGAGAGAUUCCACCUGAAGCCUUCAUCAUCCCUGGAUCUCCAGCCAUCAUUUCCAUCCGACACGACCCGGGCCCCGUGGAUGACAAAGGUGAUUUCAUAAGCUUUGGUAAGAAGGAGGAGGCCAAGAAGAAGAAAAAGAAGAAGAAGGACAAGAAGGACAAGAAGGAUAAAGGAAAAGAUGACGGGGAUGAUUAGAGGAGAGGUGACCCAGAAGCAGAGCAACCACUUACACUACCAUCCCAAUUUCAGAGCCAGAAAACAAUAAAAAUAAACCAGAUGCACACAUAACCGUGGGAGCCGUCAUUCACCAUAUUUGCAUAGACUUUGUACAGUGGCCAAAUCCUCAUUCGACCAGGCCUGGCUCCCACAUCAACCAAACACCAACUGUUCUUUUAUCUAAAAGGCUGGACCAAAUUAAAACA